UUUUCGGAGUCUGCUAGUACACCAAGUAUUCGUUUAAAUCGCCAGUUUCGUUUCGGGCGGCAGCGAUUGUUUUAUCUGCGUAGUGACGGGUGAUCGGCGUAACCAAAUGUGCGACUAAUACUUGGUGUCUUCUCCCAGCUCAUCUACUAGUAAUACAGUAUCCCGAAGCGGCUCCACCACUCCCCCUACUAGCAGAAUUCGGAUUCCUACUAGGCGUCUACUACCGUAGCAGCACAUAGUGUCGGUGUUGCUCGAGUACAAAUCCCGCCGAUGUCGCGAGCAUGGCUCGCGCUCUCCGCGGUGCUUUGGCUUGCCGCCUUCGUCUCCUCGUGCCACGCACAACUGUUCCACGAAUCUCAAGCCGUGUUUCUCAGCGACUGCCAGAAGGCAUGGGGGACCUCGGCGAUCUCAGGGUGGUCCCAGGGCGCCAACUGUAGCGCUGCUGAAGGUCUCUUCUGUGACCAGUCGGGCAUGAUUCUCGAGAUGUCAAUGGAGGAAUCAGGAUUGGCAGGACCCAUUCCAGACUCAAUCAGCCGCCUCACCAGGAUCUCCUUUCUUAAUCUUUAUAAUAACCACCUCAAUGGCUCAAUCCCUGCUGGUAUCGGCUCGCUUAUCCAGCUGGGAUACCUACGUCUUGGUAAGAAUCGGCUCACAGGCUCAAUCCCUGCUGGGAUCAGCAGUUUUACAAGCCUGGCUUCCGUAGGCUUUGAAGACAAUCAACUCUCAGGCUUAAUUCCUGGUGAAAUCGGCAAUCUUUUAAGCCUGGAAGCCCUGAAUCUUUCAAACAACUCAUUGAUUGGCUCCGUUCCCAACAGCAUCUCCUUGCUGAUUGGGCUCACACAUCUGGAUCUCUCAAAGAACUUGUUGACUGGCUCCAUUCCCAACAGCAUCCUCUUCCUUACUGGACUCUCGUAUCUAUUUGUGGGCCAGAAUCAGUUUACCGGGACUAUUCCGGCUGGAAUUGGAAACCUCGAUCAGUUGGAAAUGCUGGAUCUUUCGUCAAGCUCUUUGUCCGGAUCCAUUCCCGACAAAAUCACGUCCCUCACUUGGGUCUCCUUUUUGUGGUUAGACAACAACUCUUUGAGUGGGGCCCUUCCAAACUCCUUUGGGGUUCUUUCAAAGCUUACCUCCUUAAAUCUAAGUGGGAAUCGCUUGAAUGGGUCUAUUCCAUCUGCUCUUGCCAACAGGCGCGAAUUAAAUUAUCUGUAUCUUAGCAACAACAUGCUGAUCGGUUCCAUUCCUGAAUUUGCCGUUGGUUCUGCUGCUCUUAUACACAUGGUGUUGAGUGGGAAUCAACUGAGCGGGCCCAUCCCAACGUCUAUCUACCACUGCACAAAUCUGCAGCGUUUGUGGUUGGACAACAACUCUUUGAGUGGGGCCCUUCCAAACUCCUUUGGGGUUCUUUCAAAGCUUACCUCCUUCAUCAUCACCGGCACAAACCUCACGUGCCCACCUGACUACACCGCCUGUGGCCCGACACAGUCGCCUAAGACAGUCUUCUGCCGGACGUGCCCUUCCUUCUGCAGCACUUGCGGCAAACGAGCACCAGAACCAACCCCUAACACCAGCAGCAGCAGCACCAGUAGCAGCGAGUCUUCAGCAGCAGCCGGGGGAGGAGGUGUAUCAGUGGGAGCCAUCAUUGGCAUCGCUGUUGCUGCUGUGGUCAUUCUCCUGCUUCUGGUUGCCGCACUGGUCUACUUCAGGCUCAGGAUGCAGCGGAAGCCGAAAACAGGCCUGGCUGGCAGCCUAGCAGCCUCCCACUGCACGGAGUUCUCUCUGGCUGAGGUCCUCAAGGCCACCAAUAACUGGUCGGAGGACAACCAGCUUGGCUCGGGUGCCUUUGGUGAUGUCUACAAGGGCGUGUCUCCCCGCGAUGGCACCACAGUGUGGGCUGUGAAGCGAGCCAAGCUGAUCGACGUGGACUUCCAGAGGGAGAUCCAGCAGAUGGCCGACAAGAACCAUCCCAACAUUGUGAGGCUUCUGGGAUUUGCGAUCGGAGGCGACUUGAGGACACGACCAGAGCAAGUCCUGAUCUACGAAUAUGUGCCCAACGGUGACCUCCAGAAAUGGACUGGUCCGGACGCUGCUUCUCCUUUGAACCUGAAGCAGCGGCUGGACGUCCUCAUUGGCCUUGCACGUGGUUUUGAGUAUCUCCACAGCUUUGGCAUGGUGCACCGCGACAUCAAACCUGCAAACGUCCUCAUCACUGCUGACAUGCAGCCCAAGAUUGCAGACUUUGGGCUUGUGAGGGCGGGAGAGGGCACCACAGUGGGCACUACUCGAAUCAUGGGAACACGGGGCUAUGUGGAUCCAGUUUACUCCAGGACGUCCAAGGCAACCGCAGCAAGUGAUGUCUACAGCUUCGGUGUGCUCAUGCUUGUGGUCCUCACGGGACAGGCUCCACUCACUGAGUCAGCUGGAGGAACCAGGAAGAUCACUCUGUGGGCAUCGGAGUGCGUGUCCUCGGGCGACAUGCGGAGCCUCAGGGACCCCAAAAUGGACGCCCCUGGAGAAGCUGAGCUGCGCUUGGCUGAGCUAGCGAUCAGCUGCACCGUGGAGCUCACUGCAAGCCGCCCAAGCAUGGCUCACAUUGCCAACGAGCUGCAGGCCAUCCGGGAGGAGGUGGUGGGGAAGGACGAGCUGAGCGCUGCCGUCAAGGUGGAUGCCCAGGUGCAGCAGAUGAAGAACGCAGAAAUUGAGGUGACCAGUCAGGCUCACCUCUUGUUAGACACAUGCCACUGACCAGUUGCAUGUUUGAAUCUGGCUCAUUUCUGUGCGAGUCGAGUCUGGCUGGGCAUUUGUUUGACGGCAAAUGUGUCUGGGCAUUUAUGUGGAGUGUGGAGGGAUUCUGUUGCAUUGUGUGGUAUCUGGGAUCUUGGAGUGACCUCAGUGUUCAAGCAGUCAGCGCCAUUUAGGAUUAUCAGUGAGGGCCAAGUUAGAACUAUGGCUGUCUCUAGAAUGCAUGCUCUUCAUUUAUCAGGAGUUUGUAUUUCAUUUCAUGUGUCAAACUUGGCUACUGUAUUA